UUUUUCUUCCCUUGCUGAGGAAAACCCCUUAAAAGCACGAAUGGACAGUCAGUGUUACCCUGGUGGCUGCCAGGUAGUUCCAAUUUGGAAGUUGAUGGCCAUGUGGCCAUCAGAAAAGGAGCAGGAGGAGGAGAGCAUCAUCCUGAUCAGUGAUGAUGAUGAUGAUGAAGUGCAAUGCCCAGGUGAUGAUGGUGGAGGGGAGAGCACCCAAGAGAGUUCUGUCCUGUUUGUGGAGCCACAGGAGAAAUCUUCCCUGGAAGAGAAGAAAUCAGAGGAGCUGGUGGAUGAGGAAGGGGAUUUGGUGGUUACCUACUGCAAACAGGCAAAUGUGAUGCCUCAUGCCAGACACGACUGCACCACUCACCCCUUUGAGAGGACAGAGAGUGACACUUGCUCCCCCCUUGGGAAAAAUGCAGAUAUUUGUGAGCAGUGCUAUUGCUACAUCUGUGACAAACUGGCUGCUGAGUGCUCACUCUGGACAUCCCCUGCUCUGUGCCACUGCAAUGCCCACAACAAAAGCAACUUCUGGAAGGCCCAGAGGAACUUUGCCCUGGCUGGAGUCCUGGCCACCUUCAACCUGGAGCUGCUGGAGCUGGACACAGAGCUGAGGCAUGGGGGAGAUCUCCUAGAAAAAUUCAUCAGGGAUCUUUCUGUAGCUUAUAACAAAUACCUGACAGGGGAAAGGUUGUGUCCCCCAGAUCAGGAAUGCUGCUGCCAGCCAAAAUUGCCCCUGGGGCAGUGCAAUGUGUGCAGCUCCCAGAGCAUGGAGGUGGUGUACAAGUAUUCUGAUGUUUUCGAGCUGGUAACAAGAUUUUUAAAUCAGGCAGAACAAGAAAGCCCCAAAGCUGCUGCUGUGAUGCUGCUGGGAGCAGCUAAACAGAUUGCCCUGCACAAAGACCCUGCUCUGCUGAAGAACUGUCAGAGCCUUGGCCUCACUGCUUCCCUGAGGAUUGCUGUCCCAUUUCUGUUCCAAAGGAUCACAACUCGACUUCAGAGGAUGCUGGUGUUGUGUGACUUCCCAAAAAUUCUGUAUGAGAAGUUUGUUGAGUUUUUUCAGUCCAUCUCCCUCCCCUGUCACUGCUUUGCCUUCUCAAACUGCUUGAAUGUCUUGCCCUGGGACCAUGUGUUACUGACCACAGUUUUAAAAGGCCAGAACAUCACAGGGCAGAGGAAGCAGAAAGGGAAGAAAAUGUUCCUGUGGGAAUCCUUCCCUGUGGUGGAGGCUCGAGUGGAGAAGCUGCUGGAAAAAAAGAAGUACAGGGAAGUUGUUCGGUACCUGAGAGCUGUGAAAUGCAAUGAAAACCAAAGGCUCCGAGACCUGCGGGAUCUGAUCCCCUUCUACCUGUGCAAAACUGGCAAUUCCCUGGAUGCUGCCCAUUCCCUGCUGGUCCCUGUCAACAGCCUGGCCUGCUGCUCUGCCUGCAGGAUCACUCCCUGCCAGUUCAAGGUUUACCUCAAGAUCUUCAGGACAGGCUGUGUUCCCUCUGGGAAUGCUGUGCUGGACAUGGGGCCCUGGGUUAAAGCUGGCUCUCCCCUGAGGAACACUGUGCUAAUUAAGCAGGCACUCAAACUGCUCUACAGCAGCCAGGCACUCUACAGAAGUGCCAAAUGUUGGAGUUCCUUCAUCAUGAUUUUGGGGAGCAGUGAUUUGCUGGACAAGAGGGGGAACCUGCUUCCCUUAUCCCUGGCAGAGCCCCCACUUGGCUUCCAAGAGAAUGUGCUGGCAGCCAGUGGCAACUUCCUGGAGGAUCUCAGGUCUGGAGUGAAUGUCUCUCUGCCAUCUGCUCUUUUCUCUGGCCAGCUGCACCACGAGGCUUGUCUGAUCCUGGCAGUGCAGGCAGUGCAGCAGAUGCUUUGUUGUGACCUUCCCCACUUGACUUCCUUCUUAGAGAUAGUCCUGGCUUUUGGGAAAAACUUCUGGGCUCUGAGGCUGUUGCUGGACCAGCUUGCCUGUGCAGAGCAGAUCCUGUGUGGCACUGCCAACCUGCUCCUGAGGGACCUGGCAAGGGACAAGGGCACCAUGCUGAGAGUGUGGCAGAGCCUUGGUCCCCAGCACGUGGGGGAGCUGCUGUGCCUGUUCCUGAGCUGCAGACACAAGAGGAUGCAAUCUGUGGGGCUGCUCAGCCUCAACGUCAUCAUCGAGAACCUGCACGUGUGUCCCUGGGCAAAGCAGCUCUGCACCUUUUUCCUGGAGUCAGGCUUGAGGCAGCUCCCCUUUGGCACCACAGUUUACCUCGAAGUUUCCAAGUUUGUCAGUGUUUUUGAGAAACUCUAAUUUGGACCAAAUCCUCAGGAAUAUUUUCCCAGUGGUUUUUAUUUCCUCAUCUGAGCAGUCUCUUCCUGGAGAGUUCCUUGGGUUUGCUUUGUUUGUCCCCUCCAGGAGGAAAAAUGACUUUUCCUGGUUGGGAGUUUCUUGCAGUUGCACAAAUUCAGGAGUUGUUGGGAGAGGCAGCAGCUUGGAGUUGUUUUCAGAAGCUGAGAAAAGCAGGGAAAAACAGAGCAGGAAGCACCAGAGGAAUUUUCCUCCUUUUGGGACACAAACCUUGCAGGAGGCAAAAUAAAAAGGAGUUAAAAAUUCCCUCUGCAGCAGUUUGGGAUCAAGUGCUGUUUGCACAGCUCUGAUUUUUGGGUUUUCCUCAAACAGCCCCAGGGUGAGGCAGUGAGGAGCUGAGUUUAUUUAGGAAUAAUCCACAUUUCAAGCUGGGCUUUGAUUUCCUGCUGAAAAUAAGAUUUACACUGAUGCUGGUGGCUCUCCCAAAUCCUAAUUCCAGGGGAAUUUUGGAAUUCUCUCCCACCUAGGGAGGUGAAAGAAUUUUUUUGGAGGCUGCUUUGGGCUCUGCCCCACUGGGAUCCCUCUCUGCACUGCUUGGGCAGGCAGCAAAAUCAACUUUUUUAUUUUAAUCUUUUUUGCAGCUAUGAUCAGCUGCACUUUGCACAUUUCCAGGGGUUUGGGGGUUUUGCAACUCUUGUUAUCCCAAAUUUCCUACAAAGAAAAUGCACCUGGAUGGAAAUCUGACACCUUGUUAAUAAAAAAUGUCCAAGUUCCACUGUUCAGUGGCAUUUUGGGUGAGUUUUUC